AUGGACUUUUAUCAGAAACUGAGAUCUUCCUUGGACUCGAUUGCAUCUCACGGAACCGAACUUCUUCGACAAUCAGAGAAUGGGUCAAUUGGGGCCAGUCCUUUCGAGGAUAAGUCGAAGGCUGUUCAUAAUCCACGCAAGAAGCUGAUGGAGUCGGCAAUGAAGCUUCUCCAGCUGGCGACCAUGCCCGAAGAGUACCUUGACCACCUGGCCAAUGGCUACCAAGAAUUGACUUGCGUCCGAUGGCUCGUGGAUCUCGACGUUCUGCAACACCUCCCCCGAGACGGCUCGAUUGCAUACCCAGUAUUGGCAGCCAAAGCAGGCGUUCCUGAAAAGCACCUCAAAGGUGUUGCUCGGAUGGCUGUGCUCAACGGCUUCUUGGAGGAACCCACAUCCGGUCACGUUGCACACAGCCGGUCGUCGGCUUUGCUUGUUCGUGACGAGAACUUCAUGAGCUGGGCCCGCUGGAUGAUGAACUAUUCCAUGCCAGUGGCAUACAAGUUUCCUGAAGCAACUCGCCGCUGGGGUGACACAGACGCCAAGAAUCAAACAGCUUUCAACGUUGCCGAGAAUACCACAGAUCCAUUUUUCGACCACAUCCGAAAAAAUCCAGACCUCACAUCUGUUUUCUCGAGCUAUAUGCGCAAUGUGACAGCCUCCCGGCCUUGGAGUCUAGCGCAUGCUCUAGAGUGUUUCGACUGGGCUUCGCUUCCAAAAGGCGCAAAGGUCGUCGAUGUGGGCGGCUCUCACGGCCAGCUCGCUGUCCACGUUGCCUCGAAGUUUCCACACUUGAAGUAUAUUGUGCAAGAUCUACCAGAGACGGUCGCGACUGCUCAACGGGCAUUUGAUGCCGACACUAGCAUCGACCCAGCAGUCAAAUCGCAUAUCCAGUUCAUGUCGUCGGACUUUUUCAAGCCUCAGACAGUCUUGGAUGCCCACGUCUACUUCCUUCGCAUGAUCAUCCACGACUGGCCUGACAGAGAUGCUCGCAUCAUCUUGCAAAACCUUCGAACAGCACUCGAAGGAAACCCUAAAGCUCGCAUCGUCAUCAUGGACACGAUUCUGCCACCCCCGGGGUCGACGACUCUGCAGCAUGAGCAGCAGCUGAGAGUUAGAGACCUCAUGAUGAUGCAGGUUUUCAACGCCAGAGAGCGAGAGUUAGAAAACUGGAAAGCACUGCUCCAUGACGUGGGGAUGGAGAUUGAGCAUUCGCGUCAACCAGACGACAGCGUCAUGGGGCUUUUGACCGUCCAACUUCAGUCUUCCGCACCCGGCAGCCCCAACGAUUUCAUCCAGAUUAAGAAACCCAUCAUGCCAGCCACGGAAAAGCAGCCAGUCCUCAUCAUGGGCGCCGGUAUCAGCGGUCUGUGCUUGGCCCAGGCCUUGAAAAAGCACAACAUUCCCUUCCGGGUAUUUGAACGAGAUCCCGCUGUUGAUUCGCGGCCUCAGGGAUACCGCCUGAAGCUUCGCAGAGACGCUGCCGUCGCACUGGCCGAGAGUUUGCCCGAGGAAGUCUAUCAAACUUUUCAGACAUCAUGCGCCACCCUCGCCAUCGGGGAAACCGACUUUAAUCCAUUCACAGGUCUUGUGGUCAACAGUCGUUCGGGCGGAGGGCUGAGCGGAAAGCUUGGCCUUCACCCUAGCUACUGCGUUGACAGGGCUGCUUUCCGCACCGCAAUGAUGACAGGCAUUGAGGACCGUAUCCAGUUCAGCAAGGAGCUGGCAUCUUACAAGACAGAUUUGGAUCAUGGCAUUGUUACUGUCUCUUUCAAAGACGGUGACUCAGUGGAGGGCCGCUUCCUGGUUGGUGCAGAUGGCUUGCACUCGGUUGUCCGUCGUAAUCUUGUCCCCAGCCACAAGAUCCGAGACACCGGAGCCGCCUGUAUCUACGGGAAAACUCCAAUGACACCUGAGGUACUCGAGAAAUUCCCCGAAAAGGGCAUGAGAUGGAUGACCAUCGUAUCUGACCAGACACCCAUGCUGCAAUCCUGCAUCAUUGGAGAUGCGCCGGUUACUUUACUCUUGGAGCCAAUCCGUUUCAGCGAAGUAAACCGGUCUCAGCACCAGCUUCCUGCCGACUACAUUUACUGGGCUCUCAUUGGACCUGAAGCCCGUUUCCGUCUAGAUGGAGAGACUUCGACAUCCAAGGUCAGCAGCUCGACCUCCGCGCAGGCAGCGACCGAGGCAGCUCAUCUGAGUUUGUCCAUCACGCAAGAGUGGCAUCCCUCCAUUCGAUCAGUGUUUGAGCAACAGGAUACGAGGCAAGCGACUCUGAUUCGCGUCGUGUCCUCUGUGCCUAACGUUCCUUCAUGGUCACCGUCUGCUAUGGCGACCCUACUCGGGGAUGCCAUUCAUCCAAUGAGUCCCUGUGGUGGAGUAGGAGCGCAGACGGCAAUCUGCGACGCUUCCAGUCUUGCGAAGACAAUUGCCGCGGCCCAGGGAUCCCCUACUGCCGAAGACAUUGGGGCAUUUGAAGAGGGCAUGAGGAAACGUGCCCACCGAAGUAUUCUGCAGAGUGAAGUGGGUUCAAAAAAGAUGUUUGGGCUUCGGUCAUUGGAAGAAUGUGAGCCAUGGACAGGUUUCUAA